UCUCCAAUUCCCCUUAAGCUCAGUCUCAUAAUAUUUGCGCUAGCCGUCUCUCCUCUCUCUGGUUCACACACAUUUUCGCUAGCGAAACUAAACAAAUCAGACAAGAUGCAGAACGAGGAAGGACAGAACAUGGAUCUUUACAUCCCAAGGAAGUGCUCCGCCACAAACAGACUCAUCACCUCCAAGGAUCACGCAUCAGUCCAGAUUAACGUUGGACAUGUUGAUGCUAAUGGCAACUACACUGGGCAAUUCACUACUUUUGCUCUCUGUGGUUAUAUCCGAGCUCAGGGUGAUGCUGACAGUGCUAUUGAUAGGCUGUGGCAAAAGAAGAAGGUGGAACUCCGCCAACAGUAAAUGUGGUUGAAAUGUUUUAUUUGUUAUGUUAAUUUGAAUUAAACAAUGUUAGUUCAAGGAGAGAGUGUGAUAGCAUUGACUGAGCUAUUCCAUUUUGAAACCGUGGUUGUUUUAGUUAUGUCAACAAAGACAAUUUUUUAGUACUAGAUCCAUUCGGCAUUGAA